GAGAGCUAGAUAAUACGCAGCAGUGUAUUGUAGUGGUGCUAGUGUAGCAGACUAUUUGGGUUUCAGACCUUGUAUAAUUCUCGAAUUCCUCUUGAGGGAUAGAGAAUAUUUGGACACUGGGAACACUUCGGCGCACCUAGCCUACGGCAGCAAUGAAUUCACGCGGUUUCCGGUUCUUCGUCGCUAUCUCUGAGCUGAAGAAGACUGUAACAGUAUGUAUAACGUUAGUAGCUAACUAGAGCAGUCGACUGUUUUCAUACCUGGGUUUGCAGAAAAGUAAAGCAUGACAACCGUGGGGUAAAACUACGACUGGCUAUAUUAUGUUAUGAGCCAGGCCCUGACCAGCCCUGUCACUUUGAUCUGUGAGAGCGAGGAGAGAGCCCUCAGAUAAUGGCCCAUAGGAUAAGCAGUAUAAAAACAACUGAGGAGCAUCUGUUAGUGGAUCCAGUCCAUGUCAACCUUCAGAACUCCUCCCAAAAAGACAUCUGACUUCUGCUGAAAGAUCCCAGUGAGAGUGUCUCCAUCAUGAGGCUGGUGUGGAAGUCCUUGGACAAGAUGAGGUGUUUCCGUAAACGCUCCACCAUCCCCUUCCUGGGGGUCCUGAUCACCUGUUUACUCUUCCUCAAUCUGUACAUUGAGGAUGGGUAUGUGCUGGAGGAGGACAAAAGGCAACUGAGAGAAACGUCCAUGCAUCCUUCAAACUCUGAGAGAUAUGUUCACACCUUUAGAGAGUUCACAAAUUUCUCUGGAACCAUAAACGUCACAUAUCGUUACCUCGCCGGAACCCCUUUGCCUCGAAAGAAAUAUCUAACCAUUGGACUGUCGUCCGUCAAAAGAAAAAGAGGGAAUUACCUCAUGGAGACGAUCAAAUCCAUUUUCGACCAGUCCAGUUAUGAGGAGCUGAAAGAGAUUGUGGUGGUGGUUCACCUGGCGGACUUUGACCUGGCCUGGUGUGAAAAGCUGGUGCAGGACAUCUCCAGGAAGUUUGCCCACCACAUCAUCGCUGGACAUCUCCUGGUGAUCCAUGCCCCUGAGGAGUACUACCCAUCACUGGAUGGGCUGAAAAGGAACUACGACGACCCAGAGGACAGGGUACGCUUCCGCUCCAAGCAGAACGUGGACUACGCCUUCCUUCUCAACUUCUGCACCAACCUCUCAGAUUUUUACAUGAUGCUGGAGGACGAUGUGCUCUGCUCAAGGAACUUCCUGACAUCCCUGAAGAAGGUGGUCACCUCCAGGGAAGGCUCCUACUGGGUGAUGCUGGAAUUCUCCAAGCUUGGCUACAUAGGGAAGCUCUACCACUCAAGAGACCUUCCGCGCCUGGCCCACUUCCUGCUCAUGUUCUACCAGGAGAUGCCUUGCGACUGGCUCCUUAUUCACUUCCGGGGCCUGUUGGCCCAGAAAGAUGUGAUCCGCUUCAAGCCCUCUCUGUUCCAGCACAUGGGCUACUACUCCUCAUAUAAGGGAGCAGAGAACAAGUUGAAGGAUGAUGACUUUGAAGAGGACUCUAUUGAUAUCCCUGACAACCCUCCUGCCAGCCUGUACACUAACAUUAAUGUAUUUGAAAACUAUGACGCCACCAAGGCUUAUAGCAGUGUGGACGAAUACUUUUGGGGGAAAUCCCCCUCUACCGGAGACUUCUUUGUCAUAGUAUUUAACAAAUCAACUAAAAUAAGCAAAAUCAAAAUCUUGACAGGAACGGACGAUCGUCAGAAUGAUAUCCUGCACCAUGGAGCUCUGGAAGUGGGAGAGAAGCUGGUGGGGACAAAGAGAGGAAGGCAGUGUUCUUCCUACAUCACGUUAGGGGAGUUUAAAAAUGGCAACAUUGACGUUCAAGACGUGGACCACAAGAUUGCCUUUGACAUUGAGUGUGUUCGUAUUGUGGUGACUGCCAGUCAGAAAGAAUGGCUGAUUAUUAGGAGUAUAAGCUUGUGGACUACACAACCCCCCAGUCAAUGAGAACAACACAAAAACUAUCAUCAUAUCAUGUAGGCAACAGUUGGUUUACUAAUUCAUUUGAUAAUGUAUUCAUUUAUUGUUGCAUGUGUUAAUUUAAUUAAUUAAUUAUUUUACCCAUUUAUUUAUUUAAUUUAAUAGUAUAUGUAUUUAUAUUUGUAUCUACAAAUCAAUCUAGAGUUUUUAUAUUUGAAAGUAUACUUUAUUGCUUUUUACAAUUAUGGAAAAAUGUUGAAUGAUUGUCUGACUAACCACUUUUAUGGACGUUGACCCGUUUUUAUGGAUGUGAGAUCAUGGGAAAUAUCUGUUGGCUAUUGUACUCAUGUUGUACAUCUUAUUAUUAUUUAUGUUUCUCAGUGUCUUUCCACAUCAAAAGUAGCCUCUGGGUCCUCUGGACUUGAACAGUGUUGAUUAAGAAAUGACACGCCUGCAGACAAGUAUAGACUUAGGAACAUAGCAUUACUCCAAAUGUUCUUGCUAUCAACAAACCGCCACAUUCACCCCUUUCCAAAGUUAUCGUCAUCCUUUACAUCUUACCCUACAAGCAUUAUGAUGGUCAUUAUGUCUGCGAAUAUCCAUUCCAUCCCUCCUAUUAAGGCUGGCGUGGUGUUAGAGAGUUGGAGCGAGCUCUGCAAAAGUAUUUCCCUGGCACUGUAUGUUCCAUCAGAGCCGCUGACAGGAGAACAAUGUUUGUUUUCACCCAUCUUCUCUAACAUCUCAGAUUGGAGCGCACAGUAAGGAAUGGGGUGGAACUGAUAGUUGACAUUUUUUACACACUUUUACCGGAGUAACGGUCUGUGUUAGGAGCGCUCUCUGCUCGCUACACCAGCAAACAACAACACCCCUGGAGCUAGGGUCUCAAGUAAAUUCACUCUCUUUUCCCAAUGAUGUGAUCUCAGGCACUAAAGGAUCUUCUCUUAGAAUGUUUCUGUAAUAUAGAAACAAAUCAACUUUAUUUACUCUGUGUGGUAACCGUGGUAUACUAUGCCAUGGUAUACUAAAAUCAAAUUGUAUUUGUCACACGCAUCGUAGACAACAAGUGUAGACUAACAAUGAAACACUUACUUACGGGUCCAUUUCCAACAAUGCAGAGUUAAAGACAAUAUUUUUUUUUAAAUAAAAAUAGUGACACAAGGAAUAAAUACACAGUGAAUAGCAAAUACGAAUAAAGAGUAAAAAUAACAUGGCUAUAUAUAGGAAGUAGAAGAUAUCAUGGCUAUAUACAGGGAGUACCAGUACCGAGACGAUGUUCAAGGAUAAAAGGUAAUUGAGGUAGCUUCAGCAUGUACUGUACUGUACAGUGCCUUCGGAAAGUAUUCAGACACCUUGACUUUUUCCACCUUUUUUUAGGUUACAGCCUUAUUCUAAAAUUGAAUCAAUUGUUUUUUUCCUCAAUCUAUACACAGUACCCCAUAAUGACAAAGCAAAAAUAUGUUUGUAGAAAUUUUGGAAAAUGUAUAAAAAUAAAACAAUUUGAAAUACUACAUUUACAUAAGUACCUUUUACUCAGUACUUUAGAUGCUUUUUGGGAAACUCGAAGUGGGCAGUCAUGUGCUUUUUAAUGAGGAGCGGCUUCCGUCUGGCUACUCUACCAUAAAGGCCUGAUUGGUAGAGUGCUGAAGUGAUGGCUGUCCUUCUGUAAGUUUCUCCCAUCUCCACAUAAGGAACUUUAGUGCUCUGUCAGAGUGACCUCCCUGACCAAAUCAAUUACAAUUUUAUUGGUCACAUACACAUAUUUAGCAGAUGUUAUAUUGCGGGAAUCCCUUCUCCCCCGAUUGUUCAGUUUGGCCAGGCGGCCAGCUCUAGGAAGAGACUUUGUGGUUCCUAACAUCUUCCAUCUAAGAAUGAUGGAAGCCACCGUGUACUUGGGGACCUUCAAUGCUGCAGAAAUGUUUUGGUACCCUUCUCCAGAUCUGUGCCUCGACACAGUCCUGUCUCGGAGCUCUACGGACAAUUCUUUCGAGAUCAUGGCUUGGUUUUUGCUCUGACAUGCACUGUCAACUGUGGGACCUUAUAUAGACAGGUGUGUGUCUUUCCAAAUCAUGUCCAGUCAAUUGAAUUUAUCACAGGUGGACCAAUCAAGUUGUAGAAACAUCUCAAGGAUGAUCAAUGGAAACAGGAUGGACCUGAGCUCAAUUUCGAGUCUCAUAGCGAAUGGUCUGAAUACUUAUGUAAAUAAGGUAUUUCUGUUUUUUAUUUUGAAUACACUUGCUAACAUUUCUAAGAACCUGUUUUGUCAUAAUGGGGUAUGUAUGUAAGAAAAUGUGGAAAAAGGGUGCUGGAUACUUUCCGAAGGCACUGUAAGUAGGGGUAAAGUGACUAGGCAACAGGUAGAUAAUAAGCAUGUUUUUAUCAAUUGUAGCAAAUGUAUUGAAAUACAGAAAUAUCUCAUUUACAUAAGUAUUCACACCCUUGAGUCAAUACUUUUUGUAGAAGCACCUUUGGCAGUGUCUCUAAGAACUUUCCACACCUGGAUUGUGCAACAUUUGUCCAUUAUCCUUAUUUUUUUUCAUCAACCAUUUUGCUCUUUAUUUUAGCCAUCUUACAAAUAAAACAUUAUUACUUCAUCAAAAAUGUGAAUAAUGAGGAGGGUGUGCUUGAAAGUAUGCACAUAACUCUGCAAUGUUGGGUUGUAUUGGAGAGAGUCUCAGUCUUAAAUCAUUUUCCACACACAGUCUGUGCCUGUAUUUAGUUUUCAUACUAGUAAGGGCCGAGAAUCCACUCUCAUAUAGGUACUUGACUGCAAAGGGCAUCAGUGUCUUAACAGCAUGAUUUGCCAAGGCAAGGAACUCUGAGCGCAGCCCUAUCCAGAAAUCUGGCAGUGGCCUCUGAUUAAAUUCAAUUUUCACAGAACCGCUUGUUGCAAUUUCGAUGAGGCUCUAUUGUUCAGAUAUCGGUAAGUGGCCUGGAGUUAGGGCAUGAAAGGGAUAACGAAUCCAGUUGUUUGUGUCGUCCGUUUCGGGAAAGUACUUGUGCACCCAGCCCACUCAGGUGCUUCGCUAUAUCACAUUUGACAUUGUGCGUAAGCUUGAGUGCAUUUGCACACAAUAAAUCAUACAAUGAGGGAAAGACCUGUGUGUUGUCCUUGUUAAUGCAGACAGAGAAGAGCUCCAACUUCUUAAUCAUAGUCUCAAUUUUGUCCCACACAUUGAAUAUAGUUGUGGAGAGUCCCUGUAAUCCUACAUU